AUGAACAACGUUUUUUUAACCGUUUCUUCGUUUCAGAUCUAUGGUGCAGCGCUACCCGUUUGUGAUAAUCCUCUUACGGUGUUCGAUCACUAUAUGAAUACUUGUGUACCGGCAACUUUAAUACAAUUCGUCGAUCAGGAAAACGAACCAAACAUGAAGAUCAUCUACGGCUUUCUACUACCGAUUCUCUCAGUAGUGGUUCUGAUCUCAAAUGGUGUCGUGAUCCUGGUAAUGAACGGACAAAAAUCCAAACGAGCCACUGUCGAGCCUUUAUUAUGGAUGGCGGUGAGUGCGUUACUGAUGGCUGCCUCACCAUUGCCAUUCACCAUCUUCUACUAUGAUCUUGGUCAUAUGCGGGACCUCAAUCAAACUACUUUCCUCUGUUAUUUGCAAAAAGUAUGCAUGGAAAUCUUACCGUUUUUUUUCAACACUCUUAUCACAUUCUUCACUCUACUUCUUGGCACACAACGCUUCAUUGCUGUGCAGUAUCCGCUAGACUCAUUACGAUGGUGCUCUCGCCGACUCAUGCAUCGUUACUCUAAGGCGAUCUUUGUACUUUCUGCUAUUCUCACAGUUAUUCAUUCCACAUUCGACGUUAGGGUUAUCUAUCACUUUUGCAUUCAGGGACCAUCGACAUCGUUUUGGGUCGCUCGUUGCUUCAUCGGUCACUCACCUUUAACACAAGCAAUGGGUCCCGAUGCUUUAGCAUGGGUAUUUGACUGUUUCCGAAUAGGUAUAAUAGUUAUACCAUCUAUACUUUUAUUCAUUAUAACAUUGCUUCUCAUUCGAACUAUUAAGACGUCGGAUGCACCCAGACUAAGUAUGAAUCGACAUAGACGUGUAAGUUCAGCAUCAAGAAACACUACGGUAAUGCUAACUGUCAUCAUUGUGUUAUUCUUAGUGGCCAGGGCUCCAUCUACGAUUUUAAUCGUUCUGGUGAAGCUCUCGGAUUUACUACCACUUGGCUCACUAGAGUUCGCUCAUUCAGUCUAUCUUCGGGCCUUCUCUAAUAUCAUACUUGUCACACUUCAUCCAAUAUCAUUUGCAGUUUAUAUGCUCAUGUCGAGGCGUUUCCGCGUCUCCUUGCGAAGUCUUCUUGGUUGGCGUUUUCUCGCCUCAGACGAAGAUUUCAAUGCGAUGACGUCAUCAGUGAAAAAACUAGUUAAGAAACAGGUGCAACGAAUAGCCCACAUGGUGGUAAUACCGCGUUCGUUCUCUACCGCAGACGUAUUCCGGAAUUUUGCAAAAAUAUCUCAUAAUCUUGUGGUUGUAUUUCGCAUAAUAUCGUGCCGUUAA